ACCCAGGAAAAUGCUUCUACCUGUGAUAGUGGUGCUCACGCUCACCUCCUCAGCCUGUGGAGAAAAUCCAGCAGUACAAGUCAUCCUGACUAACAAAGGACUUCAGUAUGGAAAGCAUCUAGGUGCAGGAUUGAUUCAGGAGAAGUUGGAUGUUGUUACUCUUCCUGACAUCAGCGGUAAAGUUGGCAUUGGCAUCUUUGGCAGCGUAGACUACACCCUGACAGGCGUCACCAUAACAAAGUGUGACUUUCCAGAGCCGUCUGUUGAGUUCUAUGAGAGCGUCACAGGAUUCAAGAUGUCCAUCUCAGGCCUCAGUGUCGCUCUACGUGGCAGGUGGAUGACACACUUUGGCAUAAUACACGAUGGAGGAUCAUUUGACAUGGCUAUAUUUAGUAUGGAUGUGACCUCUGUGGUGGAGCUGGGGAGAGACCCUGACGGGCAUCUGUCUAUCACCAGUGUCAGCUGUGAUGCUCAGGUUGGAGAUGUGGACAUACAUUUUCACGGCGGAGCCAGUUGGAUGUUCCAGCCUUUUGUGGAGCAUUUCAAGGGACGUAUCAGGGCUAUAAUUGAGGACAAUAUCUGCCCUAAUGUGGAGGAAUACAUUGUAAGCUUGGAGUACCACCUACAGGAUAUGAAAGUUUCCUUCAAUGUGGAUGAAGACUUUGCUUUUGACCUCCCUCUCACCAGUGCACCAAUCAUUGAUGCCUCAUGUAUGAAUUUGGGUCUUAAGGGAGAAUUCUACAAUAUCAAAACUCACGCAGAGCCUCCUUUUGAGGCCCAGCCUUUCACCGUGCCUGAGCAGCCGGGCUACAUGCUGUCAGUGGGUCUGUCCGAAUUCACUCUCAACUCUGCCGCAUAUGGACUCUACUCAGCUGGACUGCUUCAGGCCAUCAUCAAUGACAGCAUGAUACCUCCGUAUAUUCCUGUGCACCUAAACACCAGCUCAAUGGGGCCUUUCAUUCCUCAGCUUCCCAAAAUGUAUCCAGAUCUGUUGAUGAAUCUGCAGAUUUAUGCCAGAGAGGUACCGAUGUUUUCUUUCCACCCCAAUGUGGUUAAACUGGACUUUCAGGGCGCUGCUAAGGCUUUCGCCAUCCAGCCGAAUGGUACCCAGAUCCCACUGUUCAGCCUCAGUGUUGACUCUAAAUUCAGCAGUAAAGUGUGGAUUGCUGGUGGAAGACUGAAGGGCUCCAUGGCACAGGACAAUUUUACACUGACACUGGUGGCGAGUGAAGUGGGGCCCGUUAAGGUUGAUAGUUUGGAAAACUUAAUGAUGUUGGGAAUGAAAGUAGUCUUGGCAAAAGUGAACAUGGAACUGGGCAAAGGUAUUGUUUUACCCAGAACGAGACACGCCGAACUAGUCAACACAGUACUGGCAGUGGAAGAGGGAUUUAUAGCCGUCUCUUCAGAUGCUCAGGUGUUGCUAAGAGACAGUGGCUUCAAUUGACAAACAAACAUGGACGCUCUUCAUCUCAGGUUCUUCAGCUUUAAACCCACAAACAACCUGGAUUUGUCUACAUCAGACACCACACGAUAAGUCUUGAUUGUGGACUGUAAACGAUUGGCAAACCUUGCUACAAUACAUAAUGUCAAAUCAACAUUAUGCUUGCAGUUCAUCCGUUUAUAUGCUUAUAAAGUGGGAUUCAGCAUCAAACUGCAUCAAUAUACAAUACUGUGUUGAAAUUAUUUGCAAGAGUGCUUUGCAGCUGUUUUGUUCAUAUAAAAAUAAAACUUAAAAAUCUCA